AUGAGCAAGAAGAAAAAGAAAAAUGAAGAAGACGGAACAGCACAAAAUCAAGAAAUUCGGACGAUAAUAAAUAAUGACAAAAAUACGGAAGCAGCACUUAAACAAGAAAUUAAGUCACUUAAAGAGAAAAUUGAACUACUGAGUGAAUUACUAGCUGAAAAAGAUAGGCUAGUUCGUCAAUUGUCCAAUGAAAAUCGUAGGUUCCAAGAGCACUACGAUCUAUUAGCCACCAAGGUCGUAGAAAAGGACACUAUUAUCAGCACACUGGAAAGACUAAAUACACGAAUUGAAGUAUUUGAAAAAUCAACCGCAACUAAGAAUGUCUCAUAUUCUCAGAUAACUGCAAGUAAAGCAUCACCAAACAAGGAGACCAGAUCUUUGAAAAGCAUAAUCAUUACACCUGAUCAACACCAACCAAACUACAAGACCAGACUUGAUCUCAACAAAAACUUAGACCUCUCGAAACAGAUAGGUAUCGACAAGGUCAAAAACUGCAGAAAUGGAGCUGUAGAAAUAAACGUUCAAGAUUGUGUUCAUACCCAACUUAAACAAGAAAUCGAAAAAAUAUGCCUACAUCCUACAAGAUAUCUGAACCAAGAAUGUUCAAGCCAAAAAUUAAAAUAG